UGCGUAUUAACAGCUUACAUUUAUACAAUGAGAUUUGCCACCCUUACACCAGUCUUCUUCCUUGUAGCAUCAGUGGCACAUGCCGAACCUGCCCAGAUAAGCACAAAUCAGCUCCAGCCCCAGCACCAGAACGCCCCUAAUGUCAUUGUAGCAGCUAACAAUAUUGUUGAUGCCGUUAGUGCCUCUGUUGGCAAUUCAAUUUCUGAAUUAAAAAGCCCACUUGACUCUAUAACUAACCUUUUAACUACUACUUUGCUUCCUUUAUUGGGCCCUAUUACUGCCCCUAUUGUUGAUGCUUUGGUUGGAAUUUUGAAUAGAAUAAUAGAUGCACUCAACAAGCUGAAGGCUCCAGCCACAAUUCCGGCUGCAAUAAAGCCUGCAGCCAAGGUUAUGGCUCAGUAUUUUUAAGACAUUGACACCCAACUAGAAGCCUUUUUACAUGAUAACUAGAUGCAUGUGU